AUGGAGCUGGGCGGUGAAGUGACCUGGGAUUCCCCGGCAGACACCUCGGCCCUGCAGGACUAUUUGGUGUAUCUUGGAUCCUCCUCGUCACGCUUGCAGCUGGGUGUGCUGACAGCAAACGCCUUGGCAAUACCAGCGGAGACGCCGAAGAAUGCCUUCGAUUCGGUCCUCGUGUACACCAGGUCCAGCCUGGUGGAACAGACGUCGCCGGCCUCCCUCUGGCUGGUGGACAACGAGGCGACUGUGGCCAACAUCUCAUUCAUGGACAUGGAUUUGGACAAGGCAGACCUGGGCGGCGUGAUCACUUGGACCCCGGCGGGGGCGGAUGAGCUGGUGACGCAGUAUGCGGUCUACUUUGCCGAGUCGCUCUGCGAAGAGGAGGCAAAUGAAACGAGCGAUGCCUACGGAGAGAACAGCACAGCCGCUCCUUUGUGCAAUUGGCUGCAUAUCGAGACGGUGAACUCCAGCAACACCAGCAUCCAGCUGCCUGCUGAGACGCCCCUGUUGAACUACACCCACCUUGCGGUCUUCACAAGAUCAGUGCUGGUGGAGCAACGGACCCCCGGCCAGGGUCCGAUCUCCGACGCCUCGGCCUCCGUGGGCCAACUCACCUUCCACGACUUGGAUCUGGAUGACUCGCAGCUGGGGGGCGACAUCGCCUGGGCUCCUGCCACUGGCUGGGCGUCCGCGCGGGUGGAGGCGUACCACAUCUACCUGGCGCCCGACGAGGCCGCGAGCCAGCGCCAGCUGCUGGGGCGGCGGUCCUUGGGCGAGGAGGCCUUGGCUGUGCCGCCAGAGACUGACAUGUUCGCAUACAGCUACAUCACCGCCUUCACGAGUUCCUCUUUGGCAGAGCAGCGGCCUCAGUACGUUGUCGCGUCCGCGUUAAGAAAAGAUGUCGAUGCUAUCUAG